AUGUUGCGUCGCGUCAUUCAGAUCAAACUCUCGUACGCGCAUCACAGCGAGAUAAAAUGAUAAUUGACAGAGUUUCUGAGGAAUUCUCGGGUCUUCUGGACCGGGACACCGAUGUUAUGACGAGUCCGGUCAACCUGUGGUCAUUCUAUGGUUGUUCUUCUCCUACAGAACCGAAUCUGUCGGCCGGAUCUCCGAACUCUGAUUCGGAUCAGAGCUGGAGCGAUGCGGGUAGUCCGCGAAACAGCUUAAACGUAGAAGAUCUGAGCGCGCGGAAACUGAGUCGGUAUCAAGGUGUGCGCGUGAAGAACACCGUCAAAGAGCUGAUCAUGCAGAAACGUCAUCAUGAGAUACAGGUUCAGCAAUAUCAAAUUGAGAGUGAAUGUCCAGCUACAACCCAUUUGCUGCAGAGAAAGAGGGAAGCAGAGAAUAUGUCUCACUCUCCUGUGAAACGACUGCGAGCCGCAGAUGGGAACGCCCUGUCUCCAUGUGCCCAAGAUGAGAACAUGUUUUAUGAACGUGAGAUGCUGGAGGACAUCCGCGAGGUCCUUUCCAUUGAGUCUGUGACCGUGAGAGGAUGUCCAGCGCCAGUGUGUCGUCCAGCUCAGGGUCAAGAGCCUCUUCUGGCCCUGUACACUGAAGCUGAGAGUUGCAUGUACACCGACUGCCAUCUGCUGUCGCCUGCGCAGGGCACUUACACGCCCUCCAUCCCGGCGCUGGGCUCUCUCCAUGUGACCGCAGACGCCCCAGUGUCCUUCUUCCAGUGGCAGAUCCAGCAGGAGGAGGAGAAACUGGCUUCUUUGAGCCCUGUGGGGCUCACCACCAGAGACGGGGACGGAGACACGUUCUUGCACAUCGCAGUGGCUCAGGGCAGAAGAGCGCUGGCGUUUGUGCUCGCCAGAAAAAUGGCCGCCAUUGACAUGCUGGACAUGAAGGAACACAACCACCAGAGCGCGUUCCAGGUCAGUGUUGCUGCAGAUCAGCACCUGAUUGCACAAGACCUGCUUUCACUCGGAGCUGAAAUCAACACCAUGGACUGCUGGGGCCGAUCCCCGUUACACGUGUGUGCUGAGAAGGGCCACGCCUCCACACUGCAGGCCAUCCAAAAAUCCAUGGUGACGAGUGGGCGACAGGUCAAUGUGGAGGUGGUCAACUAUGAUGGCCUCACACCUCUGCACGUGGCAGUCCUGUCCCAUAAUGCCGUGGUGCAGGAGCUGCUGUGUGGCGGGACGCCCCCCUCCGCUCAGAGUCUGGCUCUGCUGCAGAAGAGGAAGCUGCUCUCUGAGUGUAUCGCCACUCUGCUGCUCAUGGGCGCUUCACUGGAAACCAAGGACCGCAAGAGUGGCCGCACCGCUCUGCAUAUGGCUGCCGAAGAGGCCAACAUUGAGCUGCUGCGCCUGUUUCUGGAUCAGCCCAGCUACUUCUCUGUUAUAAACGCAAAGGCGUUCAAUGGGAACACGGUGCUGCACAUGGCCAGCGCGCUGCAGGGUCGGCAGGCUCAGGUGGACGUGGUUCGGUUACUGCUGAGACGAGGAGCCGAUCCCAGCGCCAAGAACCUGGAAAACGAGCAGCCGGCCCAGCUGGUGCCCGAGGGUCCGCUGGGAGACCAGGUGCGUCGGAUCCUGAAAGGUAAAGGAGCGCAGUCCCGCUCCUGAGCGACCGUCCCGUUCUUCUCUUAGGAAUCGCUGUCAGUCAGGCAGUCCGGUCUGUACAGAUUCAUUUGCCACUUCAGGCAGAUGUCGGUUGUUUCUAUGAAACAGUUUUAUCAUUGUUCACUACUGAGUAGUAGACGGCACAGGAAAGUGAGAGCAACAGUUCAGAGAAUCUGCCUGACAAUAGAAGAAGAAUCCAGUGUAAUCAGGAUGAAUUAUUCCAAAAGUAAUAAUAAUAAACAGAAGACACAACGUUAAAGAUAAAGGAAGUGAGGCGUGUUCAUUCAGAUUCAGUGACUGGAUUGAACAGUGAAUCUUCUUCUGUUGUUCAGUAGCAGAUCUGAAGUGUUGGCUCUGGUGUGUAAAGGGUUGUAAACUAUAAUCUUCAAACAGUGUAACUAUAUCCGUAUUGUUAUUAUUAUCACUCUCAUGUGUUUAGUCAGAAGGUUCGCGUGUUAAACAUUAUCAACGGUCUUUACUGAAGAUGGUAAUCAGUAACUUUAAACCAGUUGGACCAGAACGUCCUUGAUUGUUGACUUAAGGCGUGUUUCAGCAUGUCAUUUUAGGACUUUCUUCCAUUGAUAAUUAACUUUUUUGUGAGGUCAUGUGAUUCUCUAGAAGUCCUCUAAUUAUCCUGGAUUAAUAUUUAGAUUAUUCAGUUUGAUUGUAACUGUUAUUCUCAGAAUCAACAGCAGAACCUGGUCUAAAAUAGGGUUAAAGGUGAUUCUUUAUGAAAACAGAUUUUAACAGCUCAUAUUGACUGUAUCUGUAUGAUUUUGCUGAUGUUCAUGUUCAUGAGGUGAUGGUUUCGUGUUCUGUAUAUAUUAUGGCAGGAGUGGGUUUGUUUCUCUGCAGGUCACUUGAUAUUCUGUAAGUUUGAAUUGUCAACUGUAAUUCAGUCUUAAAUAAAAUUUCCUUCUUAGCGUU